AUGACACAAAGCCUACAAAAAAAGCUUAGCAGCUCACUAGAGUAUCACAGAGUGUCCCUGCACACCACACAACGAUACAAACACUGGACUACCCUGGCCCACCCCUGCUUUCUUCUACAUCACUGCUUCCCUGGUGUCAGCGUGAGAGCAGAACAAAGGCAGGAGAUGGAUGCAGAGGCUGAAGACAAAACGCUUCGUACCCGUGCGAAAGGAGCCAAGGCACCAAUGGAUUCUCUAAUCCAGGAGCUGAGCGCUGCACACGAUUGCACCACAGCCAAGAAGAGGAGAGCCGGGGAGCAGGCUUUGGGGGUCCCGGUCAACAAAAGAAAGUCCCUGCUCAUGAAGCCCCGACACUACAGCCCCAGCGUGGACUGUGAGGAGGGGCGUGCAGACCAGACAGAGGCGGAGGGGCCGGAUGAUUGCCUGCAAACCAACCAUCACCCCAGCACAGAAAUCAUGAUAAAACCCAUGGAAGAGAAGUUUCACUCAACCGCACAAGAAAACUCAGAUGGGAAGGAAGACAGAUACGGCUGUUAUCAGGAACUCGUGGUCAAAUCCCUAAUGCACUUGGGGACCCUGGAAAAAAGUGCAUCUGUUCAGACUGUAAGUGAAAAUUUAAACGACAGCGGCAUCCAGUCUCUAAAAGCAGAGGGGGACGAAGUGGACGAGUGCUUUAUGGUUCCUUCCGACGAUGGAAAAGACAAGGCCGACAACUCCCAGCUGCGGUUCUCGCCCUCCUCUGACAGCGACAGUAACUCUGAAAGUGCGGAGAAUGGCUGGGACAGUGGCUCCAACUUCUCAGAAGAAACCAAACCUCCAAGGGCCCCAAAGUAUGUUUUAGUGGAUGAUAGGAAAGACCUACUGGAAGUUCCCGAAAUAAAAACUGAAGGCAACAAGUUUAUCUCCUGCAAAAAUGCGUGUGAUUCAGAAACAGAAAGGAAAGACCCUCAGAACACCCCACUGGACCCAUCAGAUGGCCCAGCCCAGCCCUCCUUUCCAGGGAGUGAGGACCGUGGUCAUGGUCGUGGGUGUCCGGCCGCUGGGACGGAGGAGGCCACUGCCCUGGAGAAAGCCAAGGGGAACCUGAGUCUGCUGGAGCAGGCGAUCGCCCUGCAGGCUGAGCGAGGUUGCGUCUUCCACAACACCUACAAAGAGCUGGACCGCUUUCUGCUGGAGCAUCUCUCAGGGGAGAGGAGGCAAACCAAAGUCAUCGACAUGGGUGGAAGACAAGUCUUUCCCAAUAAACACUCGCCGAGGCCUGAGAAGAGAGAGACCAAGUGCCCCAUCCCCGGAUGCGACGGCACGGGGCAUGUGACAGGACUGUACCCCCACCACCGCAGCCUCUCGGGGUGCCCCCACAAAGUGCGGGUCCCCCUGGAGAUUCUUGCCAUGCAUGAAAAUGUGCUCAAGUGCCCCACCCCGGGAUGCACGGGACGAGGGCACGUGAACAGCAACCGCAACACGCAUAGGAGUCUUUCUGGUUGUCCAAUUGCUGCAGCUGAAAAACUGGCAAUGUCCCAGGACAAAAGUCAGCUUGAUUCUCCCAAAACUGGACAGUGUCCUGAGCAGGGUCACAGGACGAGCUUGGUGAAGCAAAUCGAAUUCAACUUCCGAUCACAAGCCAUCACCUCUCCCAGAGCCACGGUGUCAAAAGAGCAAGAGAAGUUUGGAAAAGUACCCUUUGAUUACGCCAGUUUCGAUGCCCAGGUUUUUGGUAAACGCCCCCUUGUACAAACAGGUCGGAAAACACCACCAUUUCCUGAAUCAAAGCAUUUUUCCAGUCCAGGGAAAUUUCCCCCCCGGCUGCCGAGUGCAGGCGCCCACACACAGAGCCCAGGGCGUGCCAGCUCCUACGGCUCCGGCCAGCGCAGUGAAGACACCCACAUUGCAGCAGCUGCGGCCAUCCUGAACCUGUCCACCCGCUGCCGGGAAGCUGCCGACAUCCUCGCCAACAGACAGCAGGGUCUGCACGCCAAGGGGGCCGAGAUAGAAGUGGAUGAGAAUGGCACAUUGGACUUAAGCAUGAAAAAAGCUCGCAUCCUGGACAAAGCCGCACCCCUAACUUCCACUAACCCUUCUGUUCCAACCGCUUCCUCUUCCCCGUUCAAAACCAGCAGCCUUCUGGUCAAUGCCGCCUUCUACCAGGCCCUGUGUGACCACGAGGGCUGGGACGCGCCCAUCAACUAUAGCAAAGCCCACGGGAAGACGGAGGAGGAGAAAGAGAAAGACCCAGUGAGCUCUCUAGAAAAUUUAGAGGAAAAGAAGUUCUCCGGAGAGGCCUCUAUACCAAGCCCUAAACCCAAGCUCCACACCAGAGAUCUCAAGAAAGAACUCAUCACCUGUCCGACACCAGGAUGCGAUGGGAGUGGUCACGUCACGGGCAACUACGCAUCUCACCGCAGUGUUUCUGGAUGUCCCCUGGCGGAUAAGACCCUGAAAUCCCUCAUGGCAGCCAACUCUCAGGAGCUCAAGUGUCCUACCCCAGGCUGUGACGGUUCAGGGCACGUGACCGGAAACUAUGCCUCCCACCGCAGCCUAUCCGGCUGCCCUCGGGCCAGGAAAGGUGGUGUCAAGGUGACCCCUACGAAGGAAGAAAAGGAAGACCCUGAACUCAAAUGCCCUGUGAUUGGGUGUGACGGCCAAGGUCAUAUAUCAGGUAAAUACACAUCCCACCGCACAGCAUCUGGAUGUCCCCUGGCUGCCAAGAGACAGAAGGAGAACCCACUCAAUGGGGCACCCCUCUCCUGGAAACUGAACAAACAGGAACUUCCUCACUGCCCCCUGCCAGGCUGCAAUGGGCUGGGCCAUGUCAACAACGUGUUCGUCACCCACAGGAGCUUGUCCGGAUGUCCUCUCAAUGCACAAGCCAUCAAGAAGGGCAAGGUCUCCGAAGAACUAAUGACCAUCAAGGUCAAAGCAUCUGGAGGUAUAGAGAGUGAUGAAGAAAUUAGGCAUUUGGAUGAAGAAAUAAAGGAACUCAACGAGUCCAACCUUAAAAUUGAAGCUGAUAUGAUGAAACUCCAGACACAGAUCACGUCCAUGGAGAGCAACUUAAAGACCAUCGAGGAGGAGAACAAGCUGAUAGAACAGAACAACGAGAGCCUGCUGAAGGAGCUGGCGGGGCUCAGCCAGGCCCUCAUCUCCAGCCUUGCUGACAUCCAGCUCCCACAGAUGGGGCCCAUCAGCGAGCAGAAUUUCGAGGCGUAUGUCAACACGCUCACAGACAUGUACAGCAACCUGGAGCGGGACUCCUCGCCGGAAUGCAAAGCUCUGCUGGAGAGCAUCAGGCAGGCGGUCAAGGGCAUCCACGUGUAG